CAACCAACGGCGAACAAAGAUAUAGUAGUUGUGCUAUAGAUAACGAAGCGAGAUGAUUCAUCAUCAUCUAAAUAGAUACAAAGAUAACCUCUCCUUUAGAAUUAAGGUUAUGUAAAGCGUUGAUACCGAAGUAAUUGUCGUUGUAAAUAUUCGGUAUCGGCGCCGUAAAGCCUAAAAUUGUAAUUUAUAAAGAUUGCAUCGGCCAUCACUGGAGCACCGUAAAAUUUAACGUUCAGCAGACGCAGCCGUAAACAUCGCGAGAAAGCUGGCGGGAAUGAAGCUUUGUCAGUGUGUGUACAUGGCGUCUGACAUUGAUUCUGUUGGAAAUGCACGCUACACCCAAUGAAAGGAGGAAAGUUGCCGGUGGCGUUCCUUUGUAAGUGUCCUGUAACCGCUGCCAAUCGCGACGAAUCGACGCGGCGGAAAACGUGCGCGUGUAGCGUGUAGCCUAACAACCUGGAACGCAUAUUCGCGGCCGACGCGUGAUAGAAUGUUGAAAAUAAAGAGCGCGUGAUAUACGAACGAAAGAGAUAGUUGUGUGUAAUAACAUGGCGAGCUCGUCACCGCAGCCGUCGCCGAUGCCGUCGCCGAUGCCGCCGCCACAACAGCCGCCGAGUGGCCAAAUGGGACCACCUCAGCAAGUACCCUCGCCCUCGAAUCAGGCCCAGGGCAGCCCUAUCGGUAUGCCGCCACAGCAUCACCCUCAUAGCCCCGCCCCAGGUUAUCAAGAAGGACCUCCUCAGUCUCAACCCCAGCCACCACCGCAGCAACAGGGACCACCGUCACAAUUGCCUCCAUCCCAGCAGCAGGGCUACGGUGUUCCUCCAUCUGCUCAGGCACAGCAGCAGCCGCUUCAGAGUUACCCCCAUCCUGUACAGCAAAUGCCACCAAAUAUGGGUAUGCCACCGCCGCACCAUCCUCACAGUCCAUCGCAGGGCUACGAGGGAGUGCAGCCUGGCCCCGUCCCUCAGCCAGUAGGCCCACCCAUGAUGCCGCAGCAACAUUCGCCGCAUCAGCAGCCUCAGCCUCAUCAACAGCCACCCGUACAGCAUUAUCCAUCGCUUCCGCCUCAAAUACCAGGUAGUAUGGGAGUUAUGGGACAAAGCGUGCCUCCCGGCCCAGUAUCCAAUGUACAACAAGCACCGCCGAUAUCGCAAGGGAAUGCAAUGGGAUCGGUACAAAUGGGACCCGCACAAACUGGUCCGAAUACAAGAUUGCAUUCUCAGGGUCCACAACAUUCGCAUGUGCCACAAAUGACACAAAACAUAGGUAAUCAACCACAACCUGUCGGUGCUCCAAUCGGUCCACCUCCUGUUGUCCAGGGCUCUGUUGGGCCACCAAAUCAGAACUGUUCGUCAGGACCUGGGCCAGGCCCUGGGCCAGGCCCUGGCCUUGGUCCAGGUCCUGGACCUACACAGGAAAAUCUUAAUGCUUUACAAAAAGCUAUCGACACUAUGGAAGAAAAGGGACUUCAAGAAGACCCACGAUAUUUACAACUUCUCGCUUUGAGGGCAAGACAAGGAGGCAACAUCAAUGAAAAGCAGGCUUUCAAUCCACAACAAAUUCAACAACUCCGUGCACAGAUAAUGGCUUAUCGUGCGUUAGCACGAAAUCAACCUUUAUCUCAACAACAGGUACUUGCUGUGCAAGGACAAAGAUCCGUUGACUCGAUUCAAGGACCUGUAGGGCCAACCGCAGGGUCUCAAGGACAACCUCCUGGUACAGUGGCAUCUGGAUUUACGGGACCACAAAAAGCAGGUCAAGGAACGCAACAAUCACAGCAGCCAGGACCACAGCCAGUGACGAAAACUAAUAAGGUAACAACGAUUACAAAGCCUGCUGGACUUGAUCCAUUGGUUAUACUACAAGAACGGGAGAAUCGAGUUGCAGCUAGGAUAGCCCUAAGAAUGGAGCAGCUCAAUUACUUACCAACAAAUAUGCCCGAAGACUUGCGAAUUCAGGCCCAAAUUGAACUGGGCAUGCUAAGAGUACUAAAUUUUCAAAGACAACUUCGUACAGAAAUCUUAGCCUGUACGCGUAAAGAUACGACGCUUGAAACAGCAGUAAAUGUCAAGGCAUAUAAACGAACAAAAAAACAGGGUCUACGAGAAGCUAGAGCUACAGAAAAACUUGAGAAACAGCAAAAACUGGAAGCUGAAAGGAAAAGAAGACAGAAACAUCAAGAAUUUAUUAGUUCUGUACUACAACAUAGUAAAGAUUUUAAAGAAUUUCAUCGAAAUAACGUGGCCAAGCUGUCUCGUCUUAAUAAGGCCAUCCUCAAUCAUCAUGCUAACGCUGAGAGAGAGCAGAAGAAAGAGCAGGAGAGGAUAGAGAAGGAGCGUAUGCGACGGUUGAUGGCAGAGGAUGAGGAGGGUUACAGGAAGCUCAUCGAUCAGAAGAAAGACAAGCGCUUAGCGUUCCUGCUUUCGCAGACCGAUGAAUAUAUAAGUAAUCUUACAGAAAUGGUUAAGCAACAUAAAAUUGAGCAAAAGAAAAAACAAGUCGAAGAACAAAAAAGAAAAAAGAAAAAGAAAAAGUAUCAGGAUGGUGAAAAUGGAGAGAGCGGUGAUGGUGAAGAUGUUCGUGUUAGUGUUAUUGAGAUUUCAACCGGGCGUACUUUAAGUGGUGAAGAAGCACCGCUAAUGAGUCAGCUAAAUGCCUUUUUAGAUACACAUCCAGGCUGGGAGCCAAUCGAGUCAGACAGCGAAUACGAAGAUGAUGAAGAAGAAGAUGAAAAAGAUGAUGAUAAAAAAUUACAAAUAGGUGUGGGAGAAGAAGAUAAAGUUAAAAAGACAAUACAAAAAGCCAAAGUAGAAGAUGACGAGUACAAAACUGAGGAGCAAACUUAUUAUAGUAUUGCCCACACAGUACAUGAAAGUGUUACGGAGCAGGCAUCUAUCAUGGUGAAUGGUAAACUAAAAGAAUAUCAGAUCAAAGGUUUGGAAUGGAUGGUAUCGUUAUUCAAUAAUAAUCUCAAUGGCAUAUUAGCCGAUGAAAUGGGGCUGGGUAAGACUAUUCAGACAAUAGCUCUUGUCACGUAUCUCAUGGAAAAGAAGAAAGUUAAUGGGCCAUUUCUUAUUAUCGUUCCUCUAUCCACUCUCUCCAAUUGGAUACUCGAGUUUGAGAAAUGGGCUCCGAGCGUUGUCGUCGUUUCAUAUAAAGGUUCUCCAGCAGGAAGGAGAACCAUUCAAUCACAGAUGCGUGCCACAAAGUUCAAUGUCUUGUUGACAACCUAUGAGUAUAUAAUAAAAGAUAAGAGUGUCUUGGCAAAACUGCAGUGGAAGUACAUGAUUAUUGACGAAGGACAUAGAAUGAAGAAUCAUCAUUGUAAAUUAACUCAGGUCUUGAAUACGCAUUAUUUAGCGCCUCAUCGCCUACCUAACUUCCUUCUUCCAUCCAUCUUCAAAUCAUGCAGUACGUUCGAACAAUGGUUCAAUGCUCCGUUCGCUACAACCGGAGAGAAGGUAGAGCUGAACGAAGAAGAAACGAUUCUUAUCAUUCGUCGUCUGCACAAGGUCUUGCGUCCUUUCCUGUUAAGGCGUCUCAAGAAGGAAGUGGAGUCUCAGCUGCCCGACAAAGUGGAAUAUAUUAUCAAGUGCGAUAUGUCUGGACUACAAAAAGUUUUAUACAAACACAUGCAGAGUAAGGGUGUAUUGUUGACUGAUGGAUCAGAGAAAGGAAAACGCGGCAAGGGAGGCGCUAAAGCAUUAAUGAAUACAAUUGUCCAACUGCGAAAACUUUGUAAUCAUCCGUUUAUGUUCCAAGCAAUCGAAGAGAAAUAUAGCGAGCAUUUAGGUAUUCAAGGUGCUGGUCUUAUUAGUGGUCCAGAUUUAUAUCGAGCAUCUGGCAAGUUUGAAUUGCUAGAUCGCAUUCUACCCAAAUUAAAAGCUACAAAUCAUAGGGUUUUACUGUUUUGUCAAAUGACGCAACUCAUGACUAUAAUGGAAGAUUAUCUGAAUUGGCGAGGUUUUAUGUAUUUAAGAUUAGAUGGAACAACAAAGGCCGAAGACAGAGGUGAUCUGCUAAAGAAAUUUAAUGAUCCAGGUUCAGAAUUCUUUUUAUUUAUUUUAUCAACUCGUGCUGGUGGUCUUGGCUUGAAUUUACAGGCUGCAGAUACGGUCAUUAUAUUUGAUUCCGACUGGAAUCCGCAUCAAGAUUUACAAGCUCAGGACAGAGCCCAUCGUAUUGGUCAGAAGAACGAAGUGAGGGUUUUACGAUUGAUGACCGUGAACUCUGUGGAGGAGAGGAUUUUGGCUGCUGCGAGGUAUAAGCUUAACAUGGAUGAGAAGGUCAUUCAAGCCGGUAUGUUUGAUCAGAAAUCCACAGGGUCGGAAAGACAGCAAUUCCUUCAAACUAUCUUACAUCAAGACGAUGCGGAUGAUGAAGAAGAAAAUGAAGUUCCAGACGAUGAGACUGUUAAUCAAAUGAUUGCGAGGUCGGAAGGUGAAUUUGAAAUUUUCCAAAAGUUAGACAUUGAAAGGAGGAGAGAAGAAGCCAAAAUAGGACCAAACAGAAGAUCUCGUUUAUUAGAGGAAGCCGAACUUCCAGAUUGGUUGGUGAAAGAUGAGGAUGAAGUGGAAAGAUGGACAUACGAGGAAGAUGAAGAAAAAGCCUUUUUAGGCAGAGGUUCUAGGCAACGAAAGGAAGUGGACUAUACCAACAGUCUUACAGAAAAAGAGUGGCUGAAAGCAAUUGGUGACGAAGGAGCUGAUUUGGAGGAGGAGGAGGAAGAUGAUAAAAAAAAAAAGCAAACAAGAAAACGGAGAAAGAAGGGAGAGGAGGACGAAGAAUUAGCUCCGAAAAAAAGAAGAGGUAAUUCGGGUAUGGAUCCGAAAUUGAAGAGAAGCAUGAAGAAACUAAUUUCUGUAGUUGUUAAUUAUACAGAUAGUUCGGACGGCCGAGCAUUAAGCGAGCCGUUUAUGGAACUACCACCUCGCCGAGAAUUUCCAGAUUAUUAUGAAGUUAUUAAAAAACCCCUUGCCAUCAACAAACUAAUGCAGAAAAUUGAAGAGGGCAAAUAUUCAGAUUUGGACGAACUUGAGAAGGAUUUCAUGCAGCUUUGUAAAAAUGCACAAAUAUAUAACGAGGAAGCGUCAUUGAUUCACGAGAAUUCCAUUGUUUUACAAUCUGUUUUCACAAAUGCAAGACAAAGGCUUGAAAUUGAAAGUAAUGUUUCUGAGGAUGAGAAGGAUGGGAGAGAGGGUGAGGAAGAAUCCGAUAUGGAUUCGAAUGUAAGAAUGAAGAUAAAACUGAAAGGAAGAAAAAGUGAAGGGGGUGGUCGAGGUGGUAGAAGAAAAAGAAUAACCAAAAAGUGUAUAUCCGACGAUGAUGAAGAGACAGCAGUGGCUGAUGACAAUUGAACGUGUCUAUAAAAUUUAGAAUUAUAUUUCAAGCAGCUUUCUAAUUAAGCAUAUCUCAUGAUUUUAAGGACAAAACUAUGAAAGGUUGCGAGAAAGUUAAGAAAACGAUUUUUUAAUGACUUUAAAGAAUUAAUGGACAUUGUGUAAACAUUUAGAUACAUUUUUAGUAAAAGAAACGAUGAAUGGACUUAUCCUGUCCUGUUCUCAUUUUUUUUUUUGCUAUGCUCAAACCUUUCACAGAACGGUGGAUUGUGUACAAUAAGAUUAUAUACAAUAAAUGAGAUAGAUCGAAUACUAUA